GAAUUGUGGGAGUUGAAGUCUUCCCGGGGACGUCAGCAUGUGUAGUCGCGUGUCCACGUCUAGUAGCUAGCUGUGUUGUCGUGGUUGACUUCAGUCAUAAAAUGUCGUUUUGUUUCAACUUCGACGUUUCAGCGCAAACAGACACAGCCGAAGACACGGGUGGAAAUAAACGGCAAAGCGAAAGGAGAGACCAUGAUGCUGAAUACGCAGAACACGAGGAUCAGACACCAGCCGGUCCAGUAAAGGAGGCCAAAGAGCACCUUCCUCCUACUGACCCCCACUUCCUCCUCACUGACGCCAUCGCUGAAACGGUUACCAUCGGAGCGCUUCCCGCCCUGCACUUCCUCAACGAGACCGUCUUCGAGAGGACGGCCUCGGAGAGGGAGGACGGGGAGAAAAUCCUCUCUCGCAGGGAGGAGAAGAACUCUGAUCUCAUCUCCGGCGUGUACGAGGGAGGCCUGAAGGUGUGGGAGUGCACCUACGACGUCCUGGAGCUGAUGGAGAAAGAGGGCGAAACGUUCAGCGGGAGAGCGGUGUUGGAUUUGGGCUGUGGAGCGGGGCUGCUGGGAAUCCUGGCCCUAAAGAGAGGAGCCCGGCACGUCCUCUUUCAAGAUUACAACAGCACAGUCAUAGAGCAGCUCACGGUGCCAAAUGUGAUCCUGAACUGCCAAGACGAUGACGACGACAUAGAGGGCGAGAAAAAGGGGAAGGGGAAAAAAGAAGACGACAGUUGCGUUGCGAAAGAGGAUUCAAAUGCCGGCAGCCCACCUCCGAAGAAAAGAUUAGCUGACCUGUCCCAGCAUCCGUUAAUGAGGAGGUGCCGUUUUUACUCCGGGGACUGGAGGACGUUUCUUCCUUUGGUCCUAAAGGAGGAAUCACAGCCCAAAUUUGACAUUAUAUUCACCUCAGAGACCAUCUACAACACCUGCCACUACCCUGCCCUGCAUGAAACGCUCCACCGGCUGCUGGCACCCAGCGGCCUGGUGUACCUGGCAACCAAAUCACACUACUUUGGCGUUGGCGGUGGGCUGCAUCUGUUUGAGACGUUUGUGGAGCAGAGGGGCGUUUUCCAGCUGGAUCGCCUGUGGGACGGAGCGGAAGGCCUGCAGAGACACGUAGUGGUGCUGCGCUUUAAACAGCUAAAGGACAAUUGACCGAGACACGUCCAAGAAAAUGUUAGGCGUUGAAUCCUUGGGUGGAAAAACGUUUGUGUGCUUUCUAGAGAUGCACUGGUCGGAGAUUUUGUGGCCAAUUUCCAAUCACUGAUUUUUGUAAAGAUGUGACCGACCGAUGCAGAUUUCUCUCUGCAAACUAUAAAAAAAAUAGUCUUUUAUCUG